GACAAGGUCACGGGCUUCGUUCUCUCCAUAGUUUGACUUGCAAUGAUCCUAUUAGAGUCACAUAGUACCAUUAUCUCAAAUACUCUUACGGAGAAAUUUGUAUCUCCGAGCGUCCUCGACAUUCAGUUCGUGGACUAUGACAGCAUCAGAUUUCACCUGGUUACUCCAGAAAAGAAGACAAAGAUUCAUCUUUCAAUGAGCAUUCGGUGUUGGCACGAGCUCGUUGAGUACGGUGCACUCGAUAUCAUUCAGCGCGAAUACGGACCCUACGUUGUCCCCACUGAUCCCGGAUACGACGUUACGCUUGCAUUCGAUACUGAAAAUCUUCCUCAAGGAGAGGAACAAGCAGCUCUCAUCCGAUCUGUGGCGCUCUUGAAGCGUAACGCAUUAGCUGCGCCUUUCGAAAAGGCCUUCUCAGAGCAAAAGCAACUCGAAGCGAUCCCAGCGCCAACCGACGGCUCUCCUCGUCCUGAAGGUCCACUGAUGGCAAUUCACUACCGCGACGAAGAAGCCAUCUACGUUCAAGCUUCUCACGAUCGUGUUACCGUUUUCUUCUCUACAAUUUUCGAAGACGAGACGGAUCGUAUCUUUGGCAAGGUUUUUUUGCAAGAGUUCGUCGACGCGAGGCGUCUUGCAAGCUUGCAAACAGCUCCGCAAGUGUUGUAUUCGAGCCGUGAGCCUCCACUUGAAAUCAGGAACGUUCCUGGUCUCAAGCGCUCAGAGGAUGUUGGCUACGUGACUUUCGAGGAGACCAUAUCCCGUAUCCAACUGUUCAGAGACUACCUCCAUUAUCACAUCAAAUGCUCCAAGGCUUACAUGCACAGUCGUAUGCGUCAUCGUGUCAGUGAAUUCCUGAAGAUCCUUAAUCGUGCCAGGCCAGCACCGAUCGGAGAGAAGGAAAGGAAGACUAUCACGGGCAGGACAUUUUCACAACGUUGAACGUCACUUUCCGUUUCGUGUAUAGUGUUCAUUCGCCAUGUAUAUUGCAAAUAUCGGAGAAUGAGAGCGGGAAGUGUAUGCAUAUUAGUAAAUUACUAUAUUUUGGAGAGAAUAAAAUCUAUCCGGAGGGACUUUUGAGAACAAACCGUCAAACAUCAUGCUUAACAUUCCAAUGGAUCUUCAUUCCCUGUGGGCGAACAGCUUCUGAAUGUGUUCACUCGAAUACGAUUUGGGACGUUCGAGAGGAGCUCCAAGGGCACGAUCCCAAAUGAGCUGAGCGCACACACCGAAG